UUUCAUAGAAGGCUUAGGUGCUUUCGUUCAGUAUUUUAUAUAAGUCAAAGAACCCCACAAAGAAAUUAGAAAUUCAAUCUCAAAAAAUAUUUUAUUUAAAUUUGAUGAUGUCUUCUUUGAAUUCAACGGAGUUGCCAACGACAAGCUCUGCAGCUUUGCAAAAGCGUCUCUCAAAGGAAAGAGAGUGUUCCUUGGCCGAAAGUCAGAGUUUUGAUGAGAUCGACAAGCGUUUGGAGGUUUUACUGGCCCGUGUUUCCAGUCUGGAGACCUCGUUGCACAAAUUGAGCAGCACCAUUCCGCCGUACUGCUCCGAUGAUCGCGGAGAUACAGAUGAGGACUUGGAUGCCUUGCAGAAUGAAUUGGAUGACGAGGAGCAUAAGUUUUCUGACUUUGUGGAUGACGAGGAAGUGGACAUGAAGGAAGAUGCUGAUGAUAAUCAAAAAUUAAUUGAAGAGAUGCCCGAGAAGUAAUUCAUUUGCUUUCGAUUAUUAUUAUAUUUUUUGUUAUGUUUAAGGGCAAGCGACCGUUGAAAAUUGUGUAAAAUUAAAAGGAAGAUCAAUUAACAUUCCA